AUGGAAGGUGCCAAUGUAGCACGGGUCACAAACUGGACCUAUUUCACCUUGCAAGGGUUCUCCCACCUUGCCACCUUCCAGGUCCUCCUCUUUCAGGGAAUCCUUCUGAUGUUCUUGAUCACCAUGACAGGGAACAUUCUCAUCAUUGUAAUUACAACCACCAGCCCUGCCUUGCACACUCCCAUGUACUAUUUUCUCAAAAACUUGUCUUUGAUUGAAAUUUGCUUUUCGUUAAACAUAGUGCCCAAGAUGCUUGUAGAUUUGUUGUUGGAGAGAAAGGUUGUCUCCUUUUUUGCCUGUGCCCUGCAGCUUUACUUUGUCAUAUUCUUUGUCACUUCUGAGUGUUUUCUCUUGGGUGCCAUGGCAUAUGAUCGAUACGUGGCUGUAUGUCAUCCCUUACAUUAUGUCACCACAAUGAACAGGAGAGUGUGUCUUCACAUGGUCAUAACAUGCUGGGUUUCUGCUUUUCCAUUUGCUGUAGGACUUACUGGUUGGCUGUUCAGCUAUCCUUUUUGCAGCUCAAAGGUGAUUGAGCAUUUCUUCUGUGAUAUUUCCCCCCUUCUGGACCUGGUUUGUUCAGACACAUACUUAUUUGAGCUUCUGGUGUUCAUUGCUACUGUUAUAAUUGUUUUGAUCCCAUUCAUUUUGAUAGCAGCGUCUUACACCCGGAUCAUCUGUGCCAUUCUCCAAAUACCGUCUGCUGAAGGAAGGCACAAAGCUUUCUCCACCUGCAUUGCUCACCUUGUGGUGGUGACACUCUUCUAUUGCACAAUCGGCCUGAUCCAUUUAAAGCCAAAGUCCAGCCUUUCACUGAACAACAAGAAACUGGUAGCUCUUUCCUAUACAGUAGUGACACCUAUGCUGAACCCAAUCAUCUACAGCUUACGAAACAAAGAAGUAAAAAAUGCCCUGAGCAAAACCUUGGGAAGGAGAAAAUUUGUCAGCAAGAUGUCUUUGCCCAGAGAGUAUCACUGA